UUCCAGACUGUUAAAGAGCCCAGCAACCAUAGAAGUGGAGCAGGGUUUGAGGAAAAAUCAGUAUGACUUGCCGGUACCAUGUCAUUUAUCGGAGACUAUUCAGUCUCUAGCUAAAAUAACAGCUAUUUACAAGGACGGUAGUGCGUUAGCUAGCUAGCCAAAGAAAAUAUCGGUGAAAGCCAGCUAGCUAAGCUGUCACUCGCGAAGUCUCGUUCCUGGGAAGAGAGUAUCCAUAAGUAGCUAGUUAGCAAGCUAUCGUGAUCCCGAGUUAUCAGUGCAAGCUCCUGCCGGGCUGAAAAGGGGGGUUCCUUUGUCGAAAAAUCUGGUCUGUUGCAAUCGACAGCUGACGUUACAAAUUCCGGGUAAGGGGAGAGACCGUUUCUGCCGAACCAGCUGCAGCUGUGGAGCCCGGAGUUCCCCAUCGCUGGUGUGAAUGAGGGAGUCAUGGCGGACCACACCCCCUCUCUGGAGUCUGGCCGGCUGCUCAACCCCGACCUCCCACUCCUCGGGACCGCCCAUCCUCCCGCCAUGGUCAACGGAGACGGCCCACAGCAGGUGAUCCUGGUACAGGUCAAUCCAGGUGAGGCCUUCACAAUUCGACGCGAUGAUGGUCAGUUUCAGUGUAUCACAGGUCCUGCUCAGGUUCCCAUGAUGUCCCCAAAUGGUUCAGUGCCUCCAAUCUACGUGCCUCCUGGAUAUGUUUCACAGAUCAUCGAGGAGAACGGAGUGCGCCGCGUUCUGGUCUUACCUCAGCCGGAGUAUCAUCCAGGAAGCCACUCCCCCCUGCACCCAGCGGCCCCGCCCCCCCACGCCCACCUGUCGGCCUUCAUCCCCCAUCCGGCCAUGAUGCCACCCCCGCCCCACCACAUGUACUCUCCGGUGCCGGGCGGGGCGGGCGACAUGAGCUCUCAGUACAUCCCCCAGUACCACGCCGCACACUUCUGCGAACAAGACUCUCACUCCCCCCACACGCGGCCGCCGUUCCUCCACAGGGACGACAGGACCAGCAAAACCUACGAGCGUCUGCAGAAGAAGCUGAAGGAGCGGCAGGGCGGCGGCGGGGGAGGGGGCGGCCCGGCCAAGGACCGAACCGGCAGCCCCCCUCCCUCGCCGCAGAAGAACCACGGCAGCCCCACUGCCGCCGACGUCCACAACGGACUGGGACAGGGGGCGGGGGCGGGGCCAGGGAAGGGCAAACAGUGGGAGAAGACCAAAGGAAGCCCCUGCACGGACACAGAGCCAGAAGAGCUGGAUGAAGAGUCCAAAACGCUUCAAGCGCUGUUAUCUACACUCAGCAAGCCAGUGGUGACGGACAUCCAGGCCCGGACGGCGCUGCUGACCUGGAGCGCCCCCGUUGUGCCGGAGAACGGAGACAGCGAGGAGGGGAGCCAGAAGAGCCUGCCCGAGCCACUCAGCUACGAAGUCAGCGUGUCCAACAGCGGGAAGGAUGGGAAGUACAAGACCGUCUACAGCGGGGAAGAAUUAAGUACAACAUUAGAGGACCUGAGACCAGCGACAGAUUACCAUGCAAGGGUGCAGGCCCUGUGUCUCAGUUUGCAGGGCAGCCCGUCGGAGCCCGUGAGCUUCACCACCCUCAGCUGCGAGCCGGACACCCCUGCUCCCCCCAGGAAGGCCAACGGGACCAAGAACACCCUUGUCCUGCAGUGGAAGGCUCCCUGUGAUAAUGGCUCCAAAAUCCAGAAUUACGUUCUACAGUGGGAUGAGGGUAAAGGAACAGGGGAGUUUGAGCAGUGCUACUAUGGACCUCAAAAGCAGUAUCGAGUGACCAAGCUUUCGCCAGCCUCCAGAUACUCCUUCCGCCUGGCAGCCAAAAACGACCUGGGCACAAGUGGCUUCAGUGAAGUCGUCGACCUGUUCACCUCCUGCAGCGUGCCGGCCCCGCCCCCGAGCCCGGAGCUGGUCAAAGCGGGGGUCACAUGGCUGUGUGUGCGGUGGCAGCGGCCAGCCAGCUCGCCCAAGGAGGACGAAAUCUUAUACGCCCUGGACAUGGAGGAGGAGGGCUCGGGGUAUGGGUUCAAACCGAAGUAUGAUGGUGAGGAGCUCUCCUGCACGGUCAAGAGCCUCCGUCGGAGUACAAAAUACAAGUUCCGGGUGUUUGCCUACAACUCAGAGGGCAAGAGCAACCCCAGCCAGGUGUCGGAGUUCACCACCUGCCCCGACAGGCCUGGCCCCCCCUGCCAGCUGGUUGUGAAGGGCAAGGUCCAGCCUAACAGCUUCAAGAUGGCUUGGGAGCCGCCUAAAGAUGACGGAGGAUCGGACGUCACAAAGUACAUCGUGGAGAUAUCGGAAGGCUCCAGCGGCCUGCAGUGGGAGCUAGUGUACAGCGGUGCAGCCAUGGAGCAUGUGUGUGACGGACUGAAGCCUGGCUGCACCUAUCAGGCCCGGGUUUACUGCAUGAGCGAGGGAGGCCAGAGCCCUCUGUCCGAGACCCUGCAAGUGCAGACCCCGCCGGUUCCCCCGGGUCCUUGCCUGCCCCCCAGGGUGGUGGGCAAGCCGAAAGCGCGGGAGGUCCAGCUGCGAUGGGGACCCCCCCAGGUGGACGGGGGCAGUCCGGUGUCCUGCUACAGCCUGGAGGUGGGAGGGGUGCAGGAGGAGUACAGGGAGGUGCACCAGGGUCCCGAGCUGGACUGCACCGUCAGCAGCCUGCUCCCCGGCAGGACCUACGGCUUCCGGCUUCGGGCCGCCAACAAAGCCGGGUACGGGCCCUUCUCUGAGCGCUGCGAGGUGACCACAGGCCCCGGAGCUCCAGAGCCUUGCAGAGCUCCGCACAUCGCCUGCAGGUCCCCUACCUGCGCUGUGGUCAGCUGGGAGGCACCCCCCUGUAACGGCGCCCAGGUGUCGGAGUUUCGGCUGGAGUGGGGCGCGGCCGAGGGGAGCAUGCAGAUAUGCUACUCUGGCUCUGCUCUGAACCACGAGAUGAAGGGCCUGCACCCUGCCACCAUCUACUUCUGCAGAGUACAGGCAGUGAAUGUGGCGGGCGCAGGUCCGUUCAGUGAGGUGGUGCUGUGUCAGACCCCCUGCUCGGUGCCCGCGGCGGUGACCAGCAUCCACGCCCUCCGGGAGGGAGAUCUGGGGCGUGGCGAGAGGGCCGUGGGCGGGGAGGAGGAGGAAGAGGAGGAGGAGGACGGUAGCGAGCGGCCCUCGGCUCCCCGCCUCUGCCCCUCGACCUGCCUGGGUUUGCGCUGGGAGCCACCCUGUGACCACGGCUCGGAAAUCACCGCCUACUGCAUCGAUCUGGGGGACCGACAGCCCAUCACUGUGGGGCCCGUCACCAGAUACAUCAUCCAGCACCUGCAGCCCGACACCAGCUACAGGAUACGAAUCCAGGCCCUGAACAGCCUGGGCGCUGGCCCCUUCAGUCUCACGGUCAAGCUGAAGACCAAGCCCCUGCCCCCGCCGCCCCCGCGGCUGGAGUGCACCGCCUUCAGCCACCAAACCCUGCGGCUGAAAUGGGGGGAGGGCCCUGCCAAGGCCACGCCCGCCGACUCCCUUCAGUACCAGCUACAGAUGGAGGACAAGAACGGCAGGUUUGUGUCCUUGUACAGAGGGCCGUGCCACACCCACAAGGUGCAGAGGCUGACGGAGUCUACCUCUUACUCGUUCCGCAUCCAGGCCUUGAACGAGGCGGGCGAGGGGCCCUUCUCCGAUGUUUACACAUUCACCACCCCCCGCUCCCCCCCGCCACCGCUAAAAGUUCCUCGAAUCGAGCGCCUGGACGACCACACUUGUGAGGUGAGCUGGGAGGCGGCCCCACCCAUGAAGGGGGACCCCAUCAUCUACAUCCUGCAGAGCAUGAUGGGAAACUCUGAGUUCAGACAGAUCUACAAGGGUUCGGCCACGUCCUUCCAGGUCCCGGGACUCCAGCCCAGCAGCGAGUACCGCUUCCGGGUGUGCGCCAUCCGCCAGUGCCAAAUGCCCCCCGACCUGACGGGCCCGUACAGCGGCACCGCCACCCUCUCGUCGCAGCGCAGCGAGGCGGCGGCGGCGGCGGCCGGCCUGGCGGGGGCCGGCCCCCGGGGAGCGGAGACGGGGCGAGCCAAGCGCAGCCUGAGCGACGAGCAGUGCGCCGCCCUCAUCCUCAUGCUCUUCGCCGUCAUCUCCAUCCUCAUCGCCUUCGUCAUCCAGUACUUCGUCAUCAAGUGAGCCCCACCACCCCGCCCCCCUGGAGGACUUUGUUUUUUCUGUUACUCUUUCGUUUUAGUCGUAGGUUCCUUUUUUUUUGGGUUUCUUCCCCGCCUCACCCGCCGGCGUGAACGCUCGCGAUCGAGAGGAAAGCAAAGGGGUGAGAGAGAAGCGAUCAGGACGGUGAAAGUGAGAAUCUUGGUUCUGUAAUGACUUCAGCCUGUUAUACAGGUAUCUGGCCCAAAAAAAACCUCUGCCUUGUUCUCUUUUUUCCGCUCUCUGCUCUUUCUCUUCAUUUGUUUUCCUCUCCCUUCCUCUUAUCUCUCUCCCACCAUUUCUGUCUUUCUCUUCUACGCCCGCUUUCUUCCCCUGUUCUUUUGUCACUGUUGGAUCUCAUUCUUCGAUAUUAUUUCCAGUUCGGCUGGCUUUGCACCAUCACAGAGACUGCACUCUAGUUUGGCUUCUAACACUCUGUAUGGACGAAGCUACUGCAGGCCACACCAGUCACUGGUGUGAAAAGAACGUACUUUCUUCGGUUGGAGGUGUCUCUCUGCAUAUACGUAUAUGCAUGUAUUCUCUGUGUCUCAGUUCACAGCAGCCGCGGUCGUCUUUGACCAUGCAAAUUAUGAAGGAGCUGAUCAUAUGUAUUCACUUACUGUUGUUCAUUUUAUUAUUAUUAUUAUUCUCUAUUUUUAAGCGGUUCAGAAUCACGGAUUUUGAUUAUUAUUCUAAAUGAGUAUCCUUACUUUGUUUUCCUUCAGUUGUAAUUAUUUGUAAUUGAUUUUUGAAUGAAGUCGGAUAGUCUCUCUUUUUUUGGAGAUGAGGCGGGCAGGUAGGGUGGCCAGCUGUUCAGGGCAGGGUGCGAGAACCAGAGGGAACCCCAGAGGUUCUCAAGGGCUGCAAAGGGAGUGAGCUGUUCACUGCUUUUGCCUGAAUGGGAAAAAAACAUAUAUAAGUAACCUAACCUUGUGUUAGUAGCAUAUAGAACACUCAUUUAUGAUGCGUUUUUCGAGUGUAGAACGUGCGAGGGUUUCAAAACGACUGUGGAAAAAUGAAACAAAGCAUUUUAGUAUAUUUUUCUAAGAUAAGUCAUUUGAGGCUGUUCACGCCAGAAGUUAGUGCUAGGAGUGAUCACAGAGAGGGAGCUUGAGGGAGAAAAAGUAAUAGAAUUAAAGAAAAAAAUAGCUUAAUUAAAACAAACGUAGCUACUUUGAUUCAAAACUUCAAGCUCAGCACAAUGAAAAGGAAGAAAUGAAUUGUUGCUUGCCGCAAUUUCUCUCAGCCGCAAAGUUUGCACCUUACUCCGUAAAACUAAUGACUGAAUGCAUGUUGUUCUUGUGACGCGUGUGAUAGGACACUUUCAGGUCAUGCCCUAAUUGUGUUUUGUGUUUUUUGUUCUUUUUCGUUUUGUUUUUGUUUUCUUUUUUUUAAGAUUGUAGAUCUAUGAAAUGUAUUGAAGCUUGACUAAACCCAUGGGAGGUAAAUCUUAAAUCAUUAGUGUCCAGCUGUAUCUCUGCAGGUUUGCUUUAAAAGCAUCACUGGUAGUAUCAGUCGUUCGCAUAAAGAAUUUUCAAAGUUUGAUAAUCCUUGAAAAAGCGCCAUGUUUACUCUGAGGACACUAUUGUGUACACUUAAGUUUGCUUAAGUUUUUUUU